AUGUCCGACGUCUUGUUGAAGCCUGAGAAGGACUUCUCCAAGGACGCUGACAAGCUCAUUCCGGAGGCCGAGGCUCUUGCCAAGACCGAUGUCCAGGGCGCCAUCGAUAAGUUGUUGGGAUUGGAGAAGCAAUCACGACAAGCCUCCGAUCUCGCUACUACAUCCCGCCUGUUGAUCGCGAUUGUCAACACCAGCAAGAACUCCGGCGACUGGACCCUCCUUAACGACCAAGUGCUUCUGCUCUCAAAGAAACAUGCCCAGCUUAAGCAAGCCACAACACGCAUGGUGCAGGAGGUGAUGAAGUUUCUGGAUGAUACCCCAAAUCUGGAUGUCAAGCUUUCUGUGAUCGAGACCUUGCGAACAGUUACCGAGGGAAAGAUUUUCGUCGAAGUCGAGCGAGCCCGCGUUACACGAAUCCUAUCGAAUAUUAAAAAGUCGCAAGGUGAUCUGAAUGCGGCCGCAGACAUCCUCUGUGAGUUGCAGGUGGAGACCUUUGGGUCGAUGACGAGACGCGAGAAGACCGAAUUCAUUUUGGAACAAGUUGCGCUGUGCAUUGAGCGUGGAGACUGGACACAAGCAUCUAUUCUCAUUCGCAAGAUCAACAAGCGUUAUUUCAACCGCAAACCAAAGAAGAGUGCUGAGGAGAUCGAGAAGCUCAAGAAGCAGGCUGAGGAGCGAGAGAAGACCCGUGGUCCGGAUGAGGCUCCGAUGGAGGUUGACGAUGAUGUGACUGAUCUCAAACUGCGUUACUAUGACCAGCAGAUCACCCUCGCAAACCAUGAUUACAAGUACCUCGAUGUGUGCAAGUACUACCGAGAAGUCUUGGACACCGAGGCCGUUGAGAAGAACCCCGAACAAUUACGCGCAUCCCUCGCACGUAUCGUCUAUUAUAUUGUCCUCUCCCCCUACGACAACGAGCAAUCAGAUCUGCUUCACCGCAUCCAUCAGGAUUCGCGACUAUCCCAGGUUGCCGAGGAAGCCCGUCUGGUGAAGCUGUUUACCAUUCCCGAACUCAUGCGCUGGCCCAUGGUAUCAGAGCAAUUCGGCCCCCAUCUAUGCGGUACCGAUGUCUUCGAUGCCCAGCCUAAGCAGUCUAGCGAGAACCAAGCCAACCGAAGAUGGCAAGAUCUGCGCAAGCGUGUCAUUGAGCAUAACGUGCGAGUUGUAGCCAAAUACUACACUCGCAUCCAGAUGGGUCGGUUGACCCAGCUUUUGGACCUGACCGAGGAGGAGACGGAGAAGUACAUCAGUGAUCUGGUCACCUCCAAGACCAUCUAUGCCAAGAUUGACCGCCCUGCCCGACUUGUCAACUUUGCCAAGCCUAGUGAUGCAGACGAUGUGCUGAACGAAUGGAGCAGUGAUAUGAAGAGCUUGCUUGGUCUUCUGGAACGUAUCGAUCAUCUCAUCACCAAGGAGGAGAUGAUGGCGCGUAUCCUGCCGUCCCGCGGAGAGAAGGCCAAGGCUCGUUAA